ACACAUGCGCUCUGCAGUUGCCUGGUGCACAGACGUCGCAGCGGUGGGUUGUUGGCUGCGGAGGUUAACGUGAGCCAGCGAGCUAAUGUUACCUAUAUCUGGUAAACCGAGAGUGGUUGGCGUGUAAAGGGGUGAGCCAUCCGUAUAGCAGUCGUGGGGACUUUUAAUGGUGGAUUCACUGAUUAUUUCUCUUGGAGCUGACAGUUCCGAAGGGCUGGGGAUUUGAUAGCUAGCGAGACUAGCUAGUUAGCUAACGUCAGUAUCAGUCAUCUGAACUAGCCUCUAGCCAGCCGCUAUUCGAUUCAGUCGUUUUCUCUGGCUAGCCGCUUGCUAAAGCUAGCUUGCUACCUCGCUAGCCUAAAAACCCGGUAACGGGUAACCGGCCUGUUUCCCUACAGAAUCUGCGUGUCUGCCACAGUGGCGUCUCGCACAUGAAGACGAAAAAAGAUUGAUUGAAAAACUGGACUAUACGUCGAGCUAGCUGACUGACUGUCUACUCAAGGAAUUGCCACAUCGGAUCACUUCGCUAACAGGCAGCUGUUUGGUUUCAGAUGGAGUACGGACGGGGUUCUCUUGGGAGCAGGGUCGAAAGGAAGACGCGUCUCUGAUUAUUUCCAGCAAAGUAUAUCGAUCCGUGAAAGCGUGACAACCAUCUAGCUAACGUUAGCUAGACGAGCACCUCAUGCGACAGAGCUAAAAGGAACGUCCAUAAUGGAUUUUACCAAACUGGUGACCCUGUGGAUUGUAUGCUUAUGCUUCUUCGGGGAGAGCCGAGGGGAGAAGCCGGGCCAACCCCAGGCAGAUCCGCAGCAGGCCGACAACGAGCUAUCGGACCUGUGCCGGUUCGACGAGCCCCUGUGCCUGGAUGAGAACUCCAUCCUGAGCUUCGAGGCCAUCCGCAGCAUCCACAAGCAGAUGGACGACGACGCCAACGGCAACGUGGACGUGGUGGAGACGGACGGGUUCCUGAGGGAGGACCUGAACUACCACGACCCCAAGGCCAAGCACAACACUUUCCACGGCGAUGACCAGUUCAUCAGCGUGGAGGACCUGUGGAACGCCUGGAAAGGAUCUGAAGUGUACAACUGGACGGUGGACGAGGUGGUGGAGUGGCUCAUCACCUACGUGGAGCUGCCGCAGUACGAGGAGGCCUUCAGGAAGAUGAACUUAAACGGCACUGCCAUGCCCAGGCUGGCCAUGAAGAACGCCACGCUGACCGUGUCCGUUCUGAAGAUGCUGGACCGCAGCCACGUGCAGAAGCUGCAGCUGAAGGCCCUGGACACGGUCCUGUUCGGAGCCCCCCUGAUGAACAGACAUAACCACGUGAAGGACUUCAUGCUGGUGGUGUCCAUAGUCAUAGGCAUGGGGGGCUGCUGGUUCGCCUACAUCCAGAACCGCUACUCCAAGGACCACAUGAAGAAGAUGAUGAAGGACCUGGAGGGCCUGCAGAGGGCGGAGCAGAGCCUCCAUGAUCUGCAGCAGAAGCUGCAGAUCGCGCAGGAGGAGCACCGCACCGUGGAGGUGGAGAAGGUCAACCUGGAGCAGAAGCUGAGGGACGAGAUCAACUCGGCCAAGCAGGAGGCCCAGCGGCUCAAGGAGCUCCGCGAGGGCACGGAGAAUGAACUGAGUCGCCAGAAAUACGCCGAGGAGGAGCUGGAGCAGGUGCGCAUGGCCCUGAAGAAGGCGGAGAAGGAGCUGGAGUCACGCUGCAGCUGGUCCCCCCCGGACGCUCUGCAGAAGUGGCUGCAGCUCACCCACGAGGUGGAGGUGCAGUACUACAACAUCAAGAAGCAGAACGCCGAGCGCCAGCUCCUGGUGGCCAAGGAGGGGGCGGAGAAGAUCAAGAAGAAGAGGAACACGCUCUUCGGAACCUUCCACGUGGCCCACAGCUCCUCGCUGGACGAUGUGGACCACAAAAUACUGUCAGCCAAGCAGGCUCUGGGGGAGGUGACGGCCGCCCUGCGGGAGAGGCUCCACCGCUGGCACCAGAUCGAGCUGCUGACGGGCUUCAGCGUGGUCAACAACCCGGGCCUGCCCUCGCUGGCCUCCACCCUCAACGUGGACCCCAGCUUCAUGGGGGGCCGCGCCACGCCCCAGCACUUCCUCAUGUCCGAAGACAUGGACGACAUGGACGAGGACAUCAUCGCCCCGGCAACCCUGCAAUACGCCACCUUGCUAAUGGACCGUGGAGUGAGCGACCUCUGGUCCGUCAGCUCCGCCUGCCCCUCCCUGCGGAAACACUCCGCUCCCAGCAUGAUGUCCCUGCGCCAGCGGCACCUGGACGCGCAGCUGACCGCGGGCUCCCAGAGGUUGGUAGAGGGCUGCCUGAUGGCGGGGCAGCAGCAGCAGCAGCAUGCGGGGGCGGGGCCGGGGGCGGAGGGGGGCGGUGGCGGCGGCGGCUCGUACACCCCCAGGGCCAGGAGCUCCAUGCGCCAGUCCCGCAGCCAGUCCUGCAGCCAGACCUUCGCGCCGUUCGAGCCCUUCUCCCUGCCCCCGCUCUCCUCCGCCGUCUCUCAUCCCUCCAUCAUCUGCACCGCCCCGUCUCCUCCUCCUCAGCUUCCGUCUCUGUCCGCCUCCUCCUCCUCCUCGUUGCUGUCCUCCUCUCCUUCUGGCUCCGCCCCUCUGUCCUCCCUGCCCUAUCACACCGCUUACUUCCAGCCCAUGGACACCAUCCCCGACCUCCCCCCACCGGACGUCACCUCCAUGUUGUCCCAGCGCUCCGACAGUUUCGGGGACCUGAAUCGCUCGGACUCGGACUCCUCCCUCUCCCUCUCCCUGUCCCAGGCCAGCGAGCAGCAGCGCGCCUCCUCCUCCAGCAGCUCCCGGAGCCACCCCGCCAAGCCCGCCUCCCUCCUGCACGACACCCCCAACGGCGGGAACCGCCUGCCCGAGGGCGGGGCCUGGGGCGAGGGCGGGGCGGACAGCCCCCUGCCGAUGAAGAAGGCGUACGGCUUGGAGAAGUCGGUCAGCCUCGGCGAGAUCAACAGCUCCCUGGCCGGCCUGUCCCAGUCCGAGUCCUCCCGCUCCCUCAGCCCAAACUCCACCGAACCCGACACGCCCUCCCCCACCGGGGGCCAGGCGGGGCCCGGGGGCGGGGCCGGCAAGGGCCUCACCCGCAUCCCGCAGCUCUCGUCCAAGAAGAGCCCCCUAGAGGAGGACAGUGGCUCCACGGGCGAAGACACGGAUUCCGCCGCCAGCCGUAAGAAGCACACCUUCAAGAUCUUCAAGAAGCAGAAAAAGUGACGGGCCGAGCGGACCGCUUCGCCAGCGGCCCGACGGGUCUGAAGGCUUCCUUCCCCUCCGUUUCUCCUCUCUUUUCCUGAAGAGAUGUGUCCAAGAAUGGCGUUCAUUUUGUUUUGAUUUUUUUUUGUCGCCCCCCCUCCCCCCCUCCACUGGUAUCAAAAUGGCACAGACGGUCAUCCUUAACGAGGAUCUGAAGGUCCUUCUUUCUCUGAGGAACUGUGGGAGCAACCAGAAAUUCUGUGUGUCUUUUUCUUCUUCUGUUUUUUUUGUUGUUGUUUUUUUUUUUGUUAAUGAUUUCAGAAUGUUGGGACUGUGGGGGACGGGGGAGGGGCUUGGAUAUGGGAGUGUAAAGUGCUAUUUAUUCUGCAGGAAACAGUGCCAGUCCUUCAAGGGGAACUCUUCCUCCCAGAAAGUUUUUAUUUUACUUCCGUCUCAGUUUGCAUGAGUUCACCAGUCUUUGAUUGAUAUUUGAAUGCUCUUAGGUGCUUGCUUGGUUCCUUUUUCUGCUUAAACAAUGCAAAAUAUUACAGCUGUUCUUUAAAAGUUA